UUUUUGAUUUUGAUUUUGAUUUUCUCUCCGUAUCUUCCUCCCCCCUCCCCGUCUCCUUAUAACACAAUCCCUUCCCCAAAUCAUUCUCUUCUCCAAAUGCUUUGCGGAUUUCCAGAUCUCCACUCAUUUCUUCUUCCUACUCGCUUUGCUUUCUUCAAAUCAAUCAUCGCAUUACUUUUUUCUUCCUUCCGCGUGCCUUCUCUUCCGCAAAGGGACAACGAAGAAACUCCCCAAUUCCCAACCGAACUUUAAUCUAAUUUUUGAAUGCGUCCAUUUAUUUCCCUUCAACAACAUCCAUCCGCUUCUUCUCCCUCAUUGCUUCUUCCACAUUUUCUAACAACUUCAUGCUAUUUAUGGUACUUUUCGGAUCUCAUUCGAACCAUUUCUCGAAAUUUUCUAAGAAACCCUAGGUGGGGUUAAUGGGGAAACACACCAACUGUGUUAAAACUCCAGACGUCGAAGAAGGGGAAAUCUCUGAUACACCUUCAGUUGAGGAGAUCACUGAGGAGGAUUUUAAUAAGCUUGAAACUGCUCCUAAGCUGCUGCCUUCCAAACAUUCCAAUCGGGAGACUACAGUUUGGACCAUGAGUGAUUUGUAUAACAAUUAUCCCACCAUGUGUCGUGGUUAUGCUCCUGGUUUGUACAAUUUAGCUUGGGCUAAGGCAGUGCAGAAUAAGCCUCUCAAUGAAAUCUUUCUUAUGGACGCCGACCCCGACGACAAAUCCAACCGCUCUUCUUCCUCUCCUUUUCGGAAUGCCAAGGAACAUGGAAACGGUACAAAAGAAGAGGCUAAGCUCAUCAUUGACAUUACCGGCGACGACAUGAACAGCGACAAUGCGGAUGUCGAGAAAGAAGAAGGUGAAUUGGAGGAGGGCGAAAUUGAUAUGGAUACGGAGUUCGUAGAAGAGGUUGUUGACUCCAAACCAAUGUUGUCCGACUCUCUCGAUACUGAUUGUCAGGAGAUUGAUUUAAAAAAUAAGGAAUUGGAUGAUCAACUCAAAUUGAUUCACAAAACAUUGGAUGGUGUUACAAUCGACGCUGCACAGAAAUCGUUUCAGGAAGUUUGCUCCCAACUGCUUAGUUCUAUAGAGACGUUUCUGGAAUUGGUCCAGGGAAAGGUAGUCCCGAGAAAGGAUGUGCUCAUUCAACGAUUGUAUGCUGCUCUUCGAAUAAUCAAUUCUGUGUUUUGUUCCAUGAACCCCAAGGAAAAAGAGGAGUAUAAGCAACAUUUAUCAAGGUUGCUUUCUUUUGUAAAAAAUUGCAACCCUCCUCUUUUUUCUCCUGAGCAGAUAAAAUCGGUAGAGGUCAAAAUGCCAUCUACAGAUUCCCUCGACCAAUUCCCCGACAUGAGAGCCAGUGCCAAAGAUGUCGAGAUCCAUAUACCUAAUGGGGUGAAAAAUAAGGACUUUUAUUCUGCAUAUGCAACUGCUACUCCACAUUUAACUUCUUCAACUAAGUUGCCUUCAGACUCCAUGCCUGUUGGGGUUACCGUAAAAAAUAGCCUAAAUCUCUCAUCAGAUAGUUUGCUAUCUGGAGUACCCAAUGUAAAGGGUAGAGGUCCCCUACUCCCUCUGUUAGACCUUCACAAGGAUCAUGAUGUGGACAGUCUCCCAUCACCUACUAGAGAAGCUCCUACAGUUUUUUCUGUCCAAAAAUCAGGGCAUAUCCCUGUGAAGGUGGCACAUGCUAUGGAUGGAUCAAGAGUACAUCCUUAUGAAACUGAUGCCCUAAAAGCUGUUUCAACCUAUCAACAGAAGUUUGGUCGAAGUUCCUUUUCAAUGGCUGAUCGACUUCCUAGCCCAACCCCUUCAGAAGAAUGUGAUGGGGGUGGUGAUAUUGGUGGGGAGGUUUCUAGUUCUUCCAUUUUAAGAAGCUCAAAAGCUUCAAAUUCUUCUAAACUGGCUCAAACGGUGUCACAGUCUGCUUCUAGCAUAUCUACAGGUCUUUUUCCUAACCUGGAAAGUUCCAGCACUAAAGGACUGAUUAGUCCUUCAAACGUUGCUCCUCCUAGUUGUGUGUCUAAUCCAAUAGCAAAGCCUUUGGCAAAAAGUAGAGACCCUAGGCUACGAAUGGUCAAUUCUGAGGCAAGUGCUAUGGAUCUUAAUCCACGCACAAUGACGUCUGUGCAGAGUCCUUCUGUUGUAGAAUCUGCUGUAACCGUAAACCUGAGAAAGCAGAAGAUGGAUGUAGAGCCUAAUAUAGAUGCCCCUGAAAUGAAAAGGCAGAGGAUUGGAUCUCAGAAUCAUGCAUUUUCUGCAAGUGAUUUGAGAGCUGGCUCUGGAAGCGGUGGCUGGUUGGAAGAUACCAUGUCCGCUGUUCCCAGGCUUUCAAGCAGGAAUCAGAUGGAGAUUGCUGAAGCAAAUGCAACAGAAAAAAACAACGUUACAAACAAUUCUGGUGCCGGAAAUUCAUGUGGGCCUACGAUAAGUGCUAGCAAAGAAGCUUCCUUGCCCUCACUGUUGAAAGAUAUUGUUGUGAACCCAACCAUGCUCUUAAGUUUACUUAAAAUGAACCAACAGAAGCAAGUAGCUGCAGAAUUGAAAUUAAAGUCGAGUGAACCUGAAAAAAAUGCAAUUUGUCCUACGGCCGUGAAUCCUUGUCUAGGAUCCAGUCCACUAGUAAAUGCUCCUGCUCUGACCUCAGGAAUUUUGCAGCAAUCAGCAGGAACACCAAGUGUACCUUCACCACCGGUGGUCACUGUGGAUGAUGUGGGAAAAGUUCGUAUGAAACCUCGUGACCCUCGCCGUAUCCUCCAUGGUAAUUCUCUUCACAAGGUUGGCAGCAUGGGAAAUGAGCAGUUAAAAAGUGUUGUACCAGCUGUUCCAAACCCAGAAGGAAGUAGGGAUAUAGUACCAAAUGGCCAUAAGCAAGAAGGCCAGGGAAAUUUGAGAUUAGCUUCUUCACAACCAUUACUACCUGACAUUGGUAGACAGUUCACUAACAAUCUGAAAAAUAUUGCUGAUAUCAUGUCUGUUCCCUCGCCACCAACUUCUUCUCACAAUUCAUCUUCAAAGCCAGUUAAAUUGGACAUAAAGGAUACUAAUGCUGUUGGGUCAAGCUCUAUUGACAGUAAAAUUGUGGCAACUGCUACCCAAGUGGUAGAUAUGGUUGGCCCCUCCCGUUCACAUGGUGCAUGGGGAGAUCUUGAGCAUCUGUUUGAGGGUUAUGAUGACAAGCAAAAGGCUGCUAUCCAGAGAGAAAGAGCAAGACGGAUAGAUGAGCAGAAAAAAAUGUUUGCUGCACGCAAACUCUGCCUUGUUUUGGAUUUGGAUCACACGCUUCUGAAUUCAGCUAAGUUUGUGGAAGUAGAUCCAGUGCAUGAUGAAAUUUUGAGGAAGAAGGAGGAACAGGAUCGUGAGAAGGUGCAGAGACAUCUUUUUCGAUUUCCUCAUAUGGGAAUGUGGACCAAACUACGGCCUGGGGUCUGGAACUUUUUGGAAAAGGCCAGCGAGCUCUAUGAACUUCAUUUGUACACAAUGGGAAACAAGUUAUAUGCAACGGAGAUGGCAAAGGUUCUUGAUCCAAAAGGGGUUCUGUUUGCCGGGCGAGUUCUUUCUCGAGGUGAUGAUGGAGACCCCUUGGAUGGGGAAGAAAGGGUACCCAAGAGUAAGGAUUUGGAGGGUGUUUUGGGCAUGGAAUCUGCUGUUGUUAUAAUUGAUGAUUCCAUCAGGGUGUGGCCACAUAACAAAAUGAACUUGAUUGUCGUAGAAAGGUAUACUUACUUUCCAUGUAGUAGGCGCCAAUUUGGGCUUCUGGGUCCUUCUCUUCUAGAGAUUGACCAUGAUGAGAGACCUGAAGAUGGUACUUUGGCUUCUUCACUGGCGGUUAUUCAGAGAAUUCAUCAAACCUUUUUCUCCCAUCCUGUAUUAGAUGAAGUAGAUGUUAGAAAUAUCUUGGCCUCCGAGCAACAAAGGAUUUUGGCUGGUUGCCGUAUAGUGUUUAGCAGGGUUUUUCCAGUUGGUGAGGCAAAUCCUCACCUGCAUCCGCUGUGGCAGACAGCUGAACAGUUUGGUGCGGUGUGCACCAACCAGAUCGAUGAACAGGUUACCCAUGUCGUUGCAAACUCGCUUGGGACUGAUAAGGUGAAUUGGGCUCUCUCCACUGGCAGAUUCGUGGUCCAUCCAGGGUGGGUGGAAGCAUCGGCUCUACUUUACCGGAGGGCAAACGAGCAGGACUUCGCCAUUAAACCAUAAACAACCCACCCACCAGCAACCUUAACACACCCUUUGCUAAAUUAAAAAACAAAAGAUUAUAAUACAAGAUGAUAUAACACGGAGAAGAAAUUCAACACGUUGCCUUAUAUUUGGGUGGUAGUCUUAGGCAAAGCCCAAGAUUACGUAGAGAGACACAUUAACCCCCAAUUUAAAACGCCCUACAACUACAAGAAUGUGUGGAAGAACUCUGAAAGAGAGAUCAUCAAGAAAUUAUGUGCCUCUCCCCACAUUGACUUUCGAGAGUGAGUUUGAUUAGAUUUGAAAUAAUCAAGGGUGAGGCCAAGGGAGGGAGGAGAGAGGGGGAUUGCAAAGAGAGUGAGAGACGAAUGGGUAAAAGGAAUUUGGGUAAAUUGCGAGUGGUGGGGCGAAUUUAUACACAACUCAAGGUCGGAAGCUUUUCAUUUCUUUUUCUUAUGCUUUUGCUUUGAAUUUUCGGUUUACGAGAGAGAACACUUGGGAUUUUAUUCUUGAUUUCGUCCUGUCCCGUUCGUUCUUGCCCAAAAUUCGUUGGGAAGGGGAAGGGGAAGGGGAAGGGGAAGGGCAAAUGCGAAUGUGAAUGAUGUGGCAGAUUUGUCGUGUUUUUUGUAGCUACAAUGCGAGUCAGCGUCAAAGGAAGGAUAAGGUGUUGGAGGAUAUGUUAUGAUUUGGUGAUUGUGGGGGGAUUGAGUGGAAUAGAGGAGGAGUAUGACAACAUCUGAAAAAGGCUUCGGGUCUCACAUGAUAAAUGACAUCAGCAAUCCUUGCAAAUGGACCAUUUUUCUUUUUUGUUUCA